CCAGAUUUCAACCAAACUGUACCCCGUAAAAGCAAUUUUUAAAUGUUUGUAGUAUUAUUAUGUUAAUUUCUUUUCCUGCAAAGUGCUCUUGAAAGUUUUGCUGUUUUAGAACAAAAAAUUGGACUGUCUAGUGAAAUGAUGAAAUUAGCCCAUGUCCGGCUGGACAAAAUGAAGAAGGACAAAAGAGCAGUGAAAAGAAACAAAGAAUGUUUAGAUGAAGCUUGGUUAGAAAUGGAACAAGUGGUCUUCUCUGCAUUUGUUUGUUCGAAAGCCUGUUUGAAAAAAGAAUGUGAUUCCUGCUCCGAGAAACACGAAAUACUGAUUAAGUGUUAUCACUGUAAAAAGCAUUUAUGUGCUGAAUGUGAUUUGGUUCCUCACAUCAACAGUCCUUUCCAUCAAAGAACAGUUUUUUUUACUGAUUUCACAUCAAAACAUCUGUUGUCUCAUGAAUUUGUAGAUCCCAAAAGUGGAAUUAUCUUUCAGAAAGAAAUAGCUGUUCCUGUUUUUAGUCCAAAUUCCUGCCAAAUUUGCAAUCAGACUGGAACUUGUUCCUUGCUACCGGGAUCUAAACCAUGCAUUGUGGUCACUACUCUCUAAGAAAUAUGUCGGAAAAAUAUUUCGAGAUUGUAUCUCGGUAUAUUUUUUCCUAAUUUUACCGACAUAUUUCUCAGAUUUCCCGCAAUUUUUAGCGCCAAAACCACCACAGUCGUGGUUUUCUUUAACCAAGAGUCAAAUCCGACAAGUUAUCUCGGGAUUUGUUUGGAGGUAGAGACGCUUAUGAGUUUCCUUGGAAGG